AUGAGUGACCAGAAAUCAAUUAAACCAAUAUAUACAACUGAAGAAGAAGAAAUAAAUUUUAGAAUUAGUUUAAUAAAACAAAAUGAUAUAAAAAUGAAUAAAGAAUUAGAUAAUGAGAAAAUACAUGAAGCCAUAGAAACAGCGUAUACUAUUGCUGAUCAUUUAAGAACAGUUACAUUAACACCUAAAUUAUAUUAUUCAUUAUAUAUAGAAAUUCAAACAAUAUUUACUUCAUUAAUAUCAAGAAUUUGUGAAAUAAAACAAAAAUCUAUAUUAAAAUUAUAUGAAAGAGUCCAAUAUUAUUCACAUGUAGUUCCAAGAUUAUAUCUUAUGUGUACAAUUGGUUCUAUUUGUAUUGCAAAAAAUGAAAUACCAAUAACAUUAUUAUUAAAAGAUUUAUUAGAAAUGUGUAAAUGUGUUCAACAUCCAUCAAAAGGAUUGUUUUUAAGAAGUUAUUUAUUAUAUGUUAUUAAAAAUUAUUUACCAACAACAUUAAUAGAAAAUAAUAAUAAUAAUAAUAAUGGUUCAUUAGAUGAUUCAAUUCAAUUUUUAUUAACAAAUUUUAUUGAAAUGAAUAAAUUAAAUAUUAGACUCGCACAAAAACAACAAGAAAGUCAAGUUCAAUUAUGCCAAUUAGUUGCUAUGAAUUUAAGUAUUUUAUCAAAUUUAGAUAUCCCACAAAAUACUUAUAAAACAAUCAUUUUACCUCAAAUUUUACAACAAAUUAUUUUAUCUGCUGAUAUUCAUUCUCAAACUUAUCUCAUUGACGCUGUUAUUCAAGCUUUUCCUGCUAAAUUUCAAUUAUUAACACUUAAACCAAUUCUUAGAACAAUCGUUACUUCACAAAAUGGAGUUAAUAUCGUUGAAUUAUUAAAGUCAUUAAUUAAACAAUUAAUUAAUUAUAUUAUUAUUGAAAAAAGUGAUGAAACUGACAUUUAUCCUUUAUUUGAUAAUUCUUUAAAAGAUGCAUUAAAACAUGAAGAAAAUAAUAAAAAAGAAAUUAUUGAAUUACUUCCAUUAUAUAUUGAAUUAUUAGAACAUUGGUAUAAUAAAAAUGAUACAUUAAAAUUUAUUAGUAAAUUAAUUAUUGAUAUAAACCAUUUCAUAGGUAAAUCUUGUAGUUCAGAUUUAUAUGUUCCUAUUAUUCACUUUUUAAUUGCAACUUAUCAAAAUCAUGAAAUUUUACUCGUCUCUCAAUUAAAUGGUUUCUCUGAUUUAAUGGAUCUUUUAGAAUUACAUUCAAAACAUACAAUUCAAAGAAAAAUUAUUCAACGUUUUAUUCAAGAAAAUAAACAAUUAACAACUAUUGAAGACGUUCAAUUUGUAAUGAAUAUUACUUCUACUAUUCAUAAAGAUUUAGAAAAUGCAUCUGAUGAAGAUAUAGAAAAAGAUUCAAUCCUAUCAACAUCAUUAUAUCAACUAAUUAAUUUAAAUGACUUUGAAGAGAUGGUUUCAACUCUAAGAGAAAUUAAAGGAAUUAUAUCUAUUGGUUGUAAUAAAAGAAAAAAAAUUUCCCUCCCAGGAUUGUUAUUUAAAUUUAUUACUAUUAAACCUUGUGAUAGAAAAAUAUUUGUUGGUGCAUUAGAUAUUCUUAAAUUAUUAGUAAAACAAAAUGAAAUGUUAUUAAGUAUUAGAUUAGCUAUUCAAUGUACUCUUUGUGGUUUAAAUAAUGGUAUUGACACUACAAGUUUUUUUGAAUUUGCUACUUCAAUAUUUGAAAAUAAUAUUUCAAAUGCAGAAGAAAAAAAAGAAGCAUUAAAAUAUAUAAUUGCUGGUGGCUGUUCUAUGAAAAUUAAUGAUGAAGAAAAAUAUAUCAUUUUAAUAACUGCUGUCACUAAAUAUUCUCAAAUGAUUGAAGAUAUUAAUUCACGAGUUAAUAUUAUUGCUUUAUGUAGUGCCUUAUGGCCAAAAAGAGAUGGUUCAAAUUAUAAUUCAAAACAACAUUGUUUACAAUGUCUUCAAAAAGCAUUAAAAGAUGCUAAUUUAUCUAACGAAAAUAUUAAACUAUUUGUUACAAUAUUAAAUAGAUAUAUUAUUUCUUACAUAAAUGGGUAUAGUGAUUUUAGUAAAUACAUCAUCCAAUUAAGAGAUUUAAUUCAAUCUAAUAUUGGUGAUAUUUCUGACAAUUCCUUAAUACAAUAUUUUAAAAAUACUUGUUAUUAUAUCAGUCAAUUAGAUAUUACCAAUUAA